CCCGAAAAUGCAACGUUCAGAAACUGUACCCCAAUUUUAAAAUUUGAAAAGAAAUCAUUCGAUCAAGAAUCUUUGAAAGGAAAAGUAUUUGUAAAUACCUUAUUCAAAGACUGUGAAUUUUGGAAGCAAUCAGGUGCUAAAUUUGAAAAUUGUGAAUUUGAAUCCUGUAAUAUGUUUGGAUAUUGUUUCAGUGAUGAUUGGGAGAACAGUUUCAACCAAUGUGACUUGUCAGGUGCCAUUUUCCCAAGUUUGAACUAUUUCAAAGGCAACAAGUUUUCAAAAACAAAACCUCUUGAAAUCAAAAUAUCAAUUAACAAUAUGAAAUGUGCCUUAUUAGACUCAAAUCAACUAUAUCAUUUUGAAUUGCAAACACGUUUCAGAUAUCAAAAUCAAUUGAUUCUUACCAUCAACCCAAAAACAUCUAUUGAGGAAUUUAAGAAGGAAGUGAAUGAGCAAUCAACACGUUAUGGCUUUCUUGCCAUUAUUUGGAGUGAAUCUGAGAAACAAUCUGUUUAUUUUGAAAACCCAAUUGGAAAAGACUCUGAGCGAGCUGAAAUAAUUAACAAUCACUUGAAAAACAAAAAGCAACUCCAAAAACUGAUUCAAACUACUUUAUUUAUGUAAAAUCAUUUGCAGAAAUUUCCAAGAAAGGAACCUGUACUUUGCAAGGUGGUCGUCCUUUUGAUUUCACCAAGAUUGAAAUAUUUGCCUUCUCAAGUAGGUGGUAAUUGAUAGUCCACAAAAUAAAAUCGUCGUUUCAU